UGCCCCUUACUCUCCAAAGAAAACCUCUUCUAUGCUCUCGACGUUUGCUUGACGGCUCUUUUUGCCACCGACGCAUACUUGGGAAACGUGUCUGCUGGUUUUGCGGGUGUAACUCUGGCCUCUAGUGCUCUUGGUCAGCUGGCUGACGAGUCCACUGUAGGGCAGUCUGGAGUAUGUGGUAUGGGGUCGCGUGGAGGUUAUGCUGGAGUAGGCGGAGGCACUGUUGGCUUCAACAGCGACGGUUGUAUUCGAGGCAUGAGCUCCAGUGGGACUGACGGUCUAUCUCGUAUGCGCUCUCCCAUCAGCUGUCGACCUCCCCGAAAUAGUCAGAGUGGUCGCAGAACAAGUGGCGGAGGAUUUGCUUCUACGCUUGGUGCUCUGCUACAACGGCCCUUAGAUAUGGGAGUCUCUGUUUAUUCGAGAGCCUCGACCACGGGCAGUGUAAAUGAUGGUACCACUGGCGCUGGUGUGACAUCUAGUCGUGUAUGUGGUGGCUCCGAUUUAAAUGCUCCUUCUGGUUCUGCUGCUACUUCUGGAACAGCAAUGACUGCUCCAGCCACGGUUGCUACAUUACCCUCACCAGUAUGCCUUGAAUUGAUCAAUUUGGCAAGUCUGGUUUCCGAAAUAGAUGGCCAGCUUCACGCCAGCCUCGCUUCUCUUGUAUGCCCGUCGUUAAGUCGAGGAGCGAUUCAGGCUGUUGGACCCACCCCCCAAGCUGUUGCUUAA